GCAAUAAAAAAAAGAAGUGAACAGACUAAAAAAUGCUUUGAAUAUUACAUUGAAUAUAUUGUAUAUGAAAGAACGAAGCAUAAUAAUUUUUUUCUGUUUCUGUUAAUAUAUUUCGUUAAUAAAUGUUAAUUUGUACUAUUUUAUAUUGAUUCUACAUUACUUGCUGAGCAAAAAUCGUAUUACUUUGCCCAAAAAUAACAAUUGUUCUUUUUGUAUUUAUUGCUAGUCACGUUAGACUAUUACAUUAAAGAAUACAAGAUACUAUGAAAGACAAUCUUUUUCACUUCAAACAAAUAUACUACUAUGUAAAUGUGAUAAACUAAUAAUUGGUAUAUAAACGAUGUACCAUUUUAUAUUCCCUGUACAUUCUAGUGUUUUAAUAGAAAAACUUAUUUAUAAGAUGAUUAUUUUAUAAAAACGUAUUGUUUAUGUUCGUCGGCGUAUAGUCGGUCGCAUAAGUGUUCGUUCACCUGUCGCACUCUUGUCAGCGUACGUACAUGUAAAUAAAAGAAAAUACAUAUAUAAUCUAUAAAAUAAAAAUACAAGAAUAAAUCCUCUUACUAAUACAGCACAAAGUAGAUUAGAAAAUUUAUUCAGAGAAAGAUAGUAAUUAAAAUUCUAUAUAUAACUUAAAGAGAACAUAAAAAUUAACUUAAUUAGAUGUUUCAUUGUGGUGUGCAAUUAUUUGAAUAUACUCUGCCUCUCUGACUGUUUUUAUACUACCUAUUUGUCUGACCACAAAUCAUUUCUACAUCUAACAUAUGUAGGUCGUAUUUGUCUGACCAUGGAUUAUAUAAUUCUAAUAGUACCCUAAAUUUGAAUUUUGGUUACAUUUCAAUGACCAAUAAACAAUUCUUUUUAAUUUGGAUACAAUGUACAAUUUAUAAAAUGCAUUAUGCAUGUGCGCUAGAAAUUGAAUCUUGAUCUUGAAUAACGUCAGAGUGGUCAAAGAGUGUCGGAGUUCGCCACGGGUUAAACUGGAUUAAACACUGUCUUCAUUGUGUUAUACUCACAAUUUUUGUUAUAUGCACAUAGUUGUUAAAUUUUACAGUUGUUUAUUAGAAAAACAUUUACCUUAACAUAAAUAUUGUUAAUGCAUUAAAAAAUUAAUAAAAAAUAUGGCAGAAAAACAACUUGCCCAGAGGUUGUAUUACAUCCCGAAAGUAACACGGUGGUCAAGAGGAAUCGGUGCAGAAUUACCAAAGGAAUAUAGAAAAUUCUGGCAUGAAUGGAAAUUACAGCAACCAACAGCUGUCCAUUAUGUAAAACAAGAAGGCACUUAUCUCAGAGAUGAAGAGACAGGAGUUGUACGACCAGUUCAAAAUGUACCAAUUCCAUUGCUGACUCCCAAAGAAAUGGAUCAUGGUAUUUGGGGUGGAGAAGCAGUAAUACAAGGUUUUUUAAGGAAAGGCAGACGUUGUCGUAGAGUUCCUCAUUUUUGGUUUCCUCUUCUCAAGAAGUCUGUAGUGUACAGUGAAGUUUUAGAUACAUAUAUGAGGGUUGUAGUCACUGAUCGAACUAUUGAUUUAAUUCAUGAACAUUACGGUUUUGAUCAUUAUUUACUGAAGACUCCAGCCUGUGAUUUGAAAUCACUACUUGCACUUAAAUUAAAACGCCAAAUACUACUAGCAUUAGUUGAUAAAACGUUGUAUCCAAAUGACCCUAUUAAAAGGGAAGAAAUUUUUAAUAGUUACAAAGAGUAUCUAACUGCGUAUACACGAGAAGAAAUCGAAUGGUAUGGGUUAACAUUUAGAGAAGCAUGUUUCAAAUGGUUAAAAUUGCAAGAGCAGAAAAAGGAGAUAAAGCCCUUGAAAAUACAGUAUAGAUCUGAAUUAAUUGCAAAACUUAAAGAAGCAAACAUCAAAGAAGUAGAAGAUGUAGAUGUUCCAUCACAAGGAACUUCGUCUUGGAUGACGAAAUUGAAUCCUUUUGCCAAAACUAGCAAAACCAAGUGAAAGAUUUAUGUUGUCAUUACAUAGGAAAAAUAAACUUCAUAAAUGAAUAA